GCAGAGCAGGGUCAGUGGGAUAUCUAUUCUCUCUGCAGACCCUUGGUCACUGAAUGGAAGACUCUCCAUCCUAAUUCAUAAAAGAAGCCCCAAAGCAAGGAGACCAGAGAGGGGGACCAUGGAUGCAAUUUGGCUUAAAGGCUGCUGGAUCUUUGCGGUUUUGCUUUGCACAAGGCAAGUCAUAGGUAGACCAGGAGAAGGCAGGAAAGUCUGGGACAGGACGAAUCAAGUGAACCCCUUAAAUGACAGUCAACUCUUUACCCAUGGGACAUUCCCCAGUGAUUUUCUGUGGGGUGUAGGGAGCUCCUCUCUACAAGUGGAAGAUGACCACUCCAACAGAGGACAAUCUGUAUGGGACCAGUUUAUGAAAUCACGCCAGCCCUGGGUGGCAAACCGCACGUCUGGGCACCGUGAAGGCAUCUCAGACAGCUUCCUUAGAGAAGAGCUGCCAGCAUUGGAGCUCCUAGGGGUGGAUUUUUACCAUUUCUCCCUGUCAUGGCCAAGGCUUUUCCCACAGGGUAAUAACAUUCCCAGCGAGCAGGGAAUCCUCUACUACAACCGUAUCAUCAAUGUUCUCCUUAGCAAGCGCAAAGAGCCCAUCAUCACCCUGUACCACUGGGACCUACCUAUGCCCAUCCAGGAGCAGUACGGCGGCUGGGCAAACCAGAGUGUCAUCCAUCUCUUCAAUGAGUAUGCAACGUUCUGCUUCCAGCAGUUUGGCGAUCGGGUGAAAUAUUGGAUCACCAUGCACAAUCCUUACCUGGUAGCCUGGCAUGGUUAUGGCACAGGGACCCAUGCGCCUUGGGUGAAAGGAGGUGAAGCAAAGGUGGCAGCAGUGACCCACAACCUCAUCAAGGCUCAUGCUAUGGUUUGGCAUACCUAUAAUGACAACUUCCGCCCAAAGUACAAGGGGUACCUGUCAGUGACCCUGGGAUCUCAUUGGUUGGAACCAGAAAGUAAAAAUAUUGAUGCUUCUUCUAUUGAUAUGUGUCAAGAGUCAAUGGAAGCUGUACUUGGAAGCUUUGCAAAACCUAUUCACGGUGAUGGUGAUUACCCCGAGAGCCUGAAGACAAAGUAUAACUCUGUGUUGCCCAAGUUUUCUGAAAAUGAGAAAGCUUACAUUCAAGGCACAGCAGACUUCUUUGCUUUCUCCUUUGGACCAAAUAACUUUAAGCGCUCAAAUAAUGACAGCAAGACACUUCGGAUUUCCCUUUGUCUGAGAGGAGUAUUGAACUGGAUUAAACUAGAGUAUAACAACCCCAGGAUCCUGAUCAUGGAAAAUGGCUGGUUCUCAAACAGCAAUAUCAGAACAGAAGACACUACUACGCUAUACAUCAUGAAGAAGUUUAUUGUUGAUGUCUUUCAAGCUAUUAAACACGAUGGCAUACAGAUCUUUGGUUACACCGCAUGGUCGCUAAUGGACACUUUUGAAUGGCAAGAAGGCUAUAAAAUUAGGCGUGGAUUAUUUUAUAUAGACUUCAACAACAAGGACAAAAGACUAACCCCCAAAUCCUCUGCACUGUAUUACAAACAAGUCAUAAGUCAAAAUGGAAUCCCUUCAUCUGCUCUUGAUUCACCGAUUGAUGGCCAUUUUCCAUGUGACUACUCCUGGGGAAUAACGGAUUCCAUACUAAAGGCAGAGCUGGCUCCCUCUUCACCUCAGUUUGUAGAUCGCAGAUUGUAUGUGUGGAACAUUACAGGCGAUGGCUUCCUUCAUGCAGUAAAAGGAGUGAAACUAAAGACUCGUCCACCUCAGUGCACUGACUUUAUUACCAUCAAAAAACACCUCGCCCUGCUGACGAACAUGAAAGUCACCCAUUACAGAUUUGCUCUUAACUGGUCUUUAAUUCUGCCGAAAGGAGAUCUGUCCAUAGUUAACAGAGAAGUCCUUAGGUAUUACCGCUGCAUGAUAGAUGAGGCAUCCAAGCUAGGAAUCAAGACCAUGCUGACGCUUUAUUACCCAACUCAUGGCUCUUUAAGUCUUCCAGGGCCAUUAUUAGAAAAUGGGGGUUGGUUAAACAGGGAAAUUGUUGAAGCAUUUGCCGAUUAUACAAAUCUAUGUUUCCAGGAACUUGGUGACUUGGUAAAGCAGUGGAUCACAAUCAAUGAACCAAACCGGCUAAGCCAAUAUUACCAUGGCAGUAGUAAUAGGACUUACCAUGCUGUGCACAAUGUCCUCAUAGCCCAUGCCACAGCAUGGCGCUUGUAUGAUGAGAAAUACAGGCCUCUGCAGCAGGGUCAAAUAUCAUUGUCUCUACACACUGACUGGGCUGAGCCCGCCAACCCUUUUCUUCAGUCUCAUGCUACAGCAGCUGAGCGCUUUCUGCAGUUUGAUAUUGCCUGGAUUGCUGAGCCAAUCUUUGGCUCUGGUGACUAUCCGCUGCUCAUGAGACAAUACAUCCGUUCCAAGAAUCAAAAGGGGACAUCAAGGUCUUUCUUGCCCUACUUCACUGAAGAAGAAAAGAAAUUGCUGAAAGGAUCUGCUGAUUUUUUAGCCAUAAAUCAUUUCACCACCAGGCUGGUGAUCCAUGAGCCAAAGAACGACAGCAGAUUUGAUGCUGACCGGGAUGUUUAUUUUCUUUCUGAUGCAACAAGUCUCACUUCAUCCAGUGGGCUAGCAGUAGUCCCGCAUGGAAUUAGAAAACUUUUAAACUGGUUAAAAAAGAAUUAUGGGAACUUGCCCAUUUAUGUCACAGCAAAUGGAAUAGAUGACAGAGCUUCAGACAAUGAUGAACUUAGAAUGUAUUAUUUACAGCAACACAACAAACAGCUGCUACAAGCCUACCUACAAGAUAACAUCAACCUCAAAGGAUACUACGCUUUUAAACUAGCUGACAAAACAAAACCCCAGUAUGGAUUUUACAACUCUCCCAUUUACAGCAUGAAAGCCAAGGCUUCUGUGAACAAAUACUCUUCAAUCAUUACCGCAAAUGGCUUUCCAGCGGACCAAGUGGACAAUCCGUGCAUAACAAUUAGUGAAGAGAACUCGUGUCACUUCUGUACAUUUGUCCAGCAAAGAAAACCACUGAUAUUCUUCAGCUUUUGUCUUUUCUUCACUUCAGUUCUUUUAAUAACCGUUACAUUCAUAAGAAAGUAUAAGAGAAAGAGGAGAAAACUGCACUCACUCAAGCACCAGCACAACGCCUGCUUGCUCAUUAAAAAGAAAAGUGGUUUCAGCCAGUGCUGAGAGAGAUCGUACACAUGUAACUCUUCAUUACCGUUCACUCCAUUUAUCCUAACACUGAAGACCGAGAACUCCCAUGUGUAUAUGAGCAUGUUUACUCUGGCGACACAUCUAGUGACUGCGUUGUGUCUACCACAUGCCUUGCCUGCACAGGUGUGUGUAUGUUUC